AGGGGAGGACCCGUUCACACUCACACAGAUCCGGAGCGAAGAGGAACCGACUACCGUCGAGCAGAAACAACAGCGCUGGGAAGUUGUGACCAGACCAACCUCUGCGACCAGGAAUCCCGCGGUGGACCAGGACCCCCGUGGUUGACUCCGAGUCCCAAGCCGACAAAACCACACUACUCCGCGGGGGUAAGGGUCCGAGGGGUCUCGGGCGGAUGUGGCGCACCCAGGGGGGGUUGUCGUCUUGUAACCCGAAGCGCAGCAGCGGAGCAGCGGCUCCCUGGUUGGGGUCGCCUUCCCCCCGGGAGAGGGAUGGUGGAGCCCGGGGAAACAUGGAGGAUGAGGAAGAGCGUGAAGCUGGACGAGGCCCAGGCGUCCGCCCGCAGCUGCGCGGGGCGACCGGACUUCUUGCCGUGCCGUGACGGCGCGCAAUCCGCGUGCACGACGCACAGCCACGGCAAAUGUUUCAAGUUGCAUUGGUGCUGUCUGCUGGGGUGGUGCCACUGUAAAUACGUCUACCAGCCGAUGACCGACGUGGUCCAGCUCCCCAGUACGCCCAUCCCCUCCGGCCCGGCAGGCCACGCCCCCUCGCUGAGCCUCUCCGCCCUACUGGCCGAGCGCUUCUUGAGGACCGCCUCCUGCCUGGUCUCCCCGACGACCUCUGACCCCCUGGGCCUGGGGACUCGCGCCCCAAAGAAGGACUACGCCGUAACCCGCAUCGACGGGCGGGCCUUCUACGUACCCCUCGCUCGGCGGACUGCGACCUCACGCACGUCUCAGACGACCAGCGUACCGGAGAACGCAGAACUUUGGGAUAAGGCCGAACUUCAGGAUAAAGCCAAACCUCGGGGUAAAGCUGAACGCGGUUUACGACCGUGUUCUCGGUCGGUUUUGUCCCGUGGAGAAGCUCCGCUCCGAGGGGAAUCUCCAGCCCAGAGACAGGCCUCGGACCAAGGGUUGGUUGGGCAGAAAUCCUGGGGCGGCCGCUCUCCUGCCAGCCUGGAGGACUUGGGAAAACCCGGAGUGGACCAAUGCUGCGCGGAUCCAGAGCCCGACAAGGGACAAACCGACAUCAGCAAGGCUCUUUACGAGGAUCUUAAUGAGGAAAUUAAUGAGGAUCUUAACGAGGGGAAGUGGGAUCUUCCUCCCCUGCCUGGCUCAGGGUCUCUGCAGGACUUGGCCGAGGCCCUCGAAACCACAGUCUGACACACACACACACACACACACACACACACACACACACACACACACACACACACACACACACACACACACACACACACACACACACACACACACACACACACACACACACACGCCGCAUGCUAUAUAUAAGCAAUUUCAACUAGGGUUCGAACCGCUGGGUUGGCUGGUCGUGGUUCGGGGCGUGUGCGUAUUGUCCGGUUCAUUCUGUUAAAAAUUCAUUAUAAAAAAGUGUUGCUUGGGACCUGAACCGAACCGUGAACUCUGAACCGCUCAUCCCCAGAUGUAAACGGUUCUGUUUAAUCUCUGCUGUUGAAGGUGGUUUGAAUUUCGCAGUUGAUCGAGGGUAACAACUCAUACGACUAAUAAAAAAAUGCUUUAAUAGAAACGCUGACUGCCUUGGCUAUGGUAACCGUUUUGUUGGAUUGCCGUUUUAAUCUUCCAGCUUAAACCUAAUUUUUUUACUUUUCACUUUGAGAUACAUUCUGUGUUUGAAAGGUGCAAUUUGAAUAAAGUUUGAUUUACUCUUAGAAAGCCAGCCAGACCGCACAGGGAGUCGUUCAGCACUGAGAGCUCGUAAAUGAUUAGCAUCAUAUUAUGUAGCUUAGCUCAGCCAACUCUUGAUUCCCUAAACUAAAAGUCAGGCUAGCUGGAGGUGUGCGAGCGUGCGUGUGUGCGUGCGUGUAUGCGUGCGUGUAUGGUGUUUCCCUACAACAGAGCUUCUGCUGUAGUCUUCCAUCAGGUGGCCAGACUGGAACCAGCUGGUAAACACAUUUGCAUGGGUGGUAACACAUCAAAUAGACAAUCUAUUUUUAGAACAGAAGAUAGAGCUUGUAAAGCUCGUUCCACAGUUAGGAGGGUCCAACCCCUGGGACCCUCAUCAGCCAACAGACCUCUCUCCCUCAAUCUGCUGGUCUCCUAACGAUCUGCUAAUGAAGGGUGGGCGUAGUGGAUGGUCUGGAGCCCAGCUGGUUCCUCCCCCUCCCUAGCCGAGGUCGGCCCAGGAACCCCUCCACCCACCCUGGGGAGAGCUCUGCCGUCAUCCCCCCCCCCCCCCCUGACUCCAGAACCAUAACAUCCUGUCUUGGUGCCCCCCCCCCCCCCAUUUUAUUUGUAUAGCCCUUAAUCACAGGUCCAGUCUCAAAGGGCUUGACAGGCAAUGUGUUUAUGACCCCCCCCCCCCCCCCAGAGGGCCAGAAAAAACUCAAGAAAUCUUGAGAUGGAACGCAGAGUGGGGGAUCCCUCCUUCCUGGGAUGCUCAGGAGUGCAAUGAAGUGACAUACAUACAUACAUUUUGAAUCGCUGAUGGAGUCCUGGCCGGUUAACCGUAAGGAAGGCAUUCAGUUGUAGUCACUGCGAAAUCGACUCACAAAUGAGGUUUGAGGCCAUCAGAGCCUUCAACGAGACCUGGAGUAGAGGCACAAAGGUGGUAGCACGGCCCGAGGAUUCAAAACAACAGGAUAACGAGAGCAGAUAGGAAUCCAAAAUGAGAAAUUAAUUUUACCGUACAUUGUGAAUGGACUUCAUUUAUACGGCGCUAUUCUAACCAGUGGCCACUCAAAGCACUUUACAAUACUGCCAAACAUUCACCCACACAUUCACUCAGAGUCGUGGAGUCAACCUGGCAAGGCAACAGCCAGCUCGUCAGGAGCAGUCAGGCUGAGGUGUCUCGCUCAAUGACAGCUCGACAAUCACAGCUAGGAGGAGCCGGGAAUCGAACCAGCAACCUUUUGGUUACGAGACAACCUGCUCUACCUCCUCAGCCACAUGCCACCCCAUUGUCUCGUAGUCGUCAGCAUGUUCACACCAGUCCACCGAGACACAAGCACACGGAGGAAGUCGAAUAAUAAGACAUCCUGUCCAGAUUGUUUUUGUCCUGGAAUUCGGAUGAUGCAAGACCGUGGAUAAACUCGCAACUGAAGCCCGGGCCGCGUGGCCACACUGGUGUCAGACGCCCAGCCUGGGCUUCGGCACUUCAUUGAGGUAGACCCCAGAGAGACAUGCUGAUGCAGACGGACAGAUCAACCUACCUGCCACUCCCCCCUGUAAAGCCAGUAAGGGGUCGAUUGUGGAACCUUGUUGGGGCAAAUGAACAUCACCCCUUCUGCUCGAGAGGUUGAGUUACGUUAAAAACAACCAAAUCUUCGGAGCUAGUCCCACCAGGAAGGGAGACGUUUAGACAUGUUUGGCAGAUUCAGGUUUAUUGGCUGAUGUGUGCAAAACAGGUGGAGAUGCCAAGCAUAUUACAAAAUUUCAUUUACAAAAUCUGAAAUGAACGAGUCAAUUUCUUU